GUAUUAACAAUCGCUGUUAUUAUUUUCGAUCAGUUUCCAAUUAGUAGUAAUAAUAUUCGUCUGUUCGUAUCACUUGUUGCAAUAUUAAUGAGUUUCGCGUAAUUGAUAUUAACAAUGAUCAAUUUCGUAUAACAAGCAUCAUUACUUAUCAAAGUCGUAUAGCUUGUAUUAAUAAUUAUCAGUUCGUAUUAUUGGUAUUAAGAUUUAUCUCUCUCGUAUUAUUGAUAUCAGCAAUUAUCAACUCAGUAUUACUUCUAUCUCAACACUUAUCACAUUCGUAUUGCUGGUAUUAAUAUCUAUAACUUCUGUAUCAUGAGGUAGAAAAGAAGGAAAGAAGGAAGGAAGGAAGGUGAAAAGAAGGAAAAAAAAGAGAAAGGAAGAAAGAAAUGAAAGAAGGAAAACAAGAAUGAUACAUGUAAGAUUAGUGUAUGUGUGUGUGUGUGUGUGUGUGUGUGUGUGUGUGUGUGUGUGUGUAAAGCCCUCCUAUCACACGCCGUAUUAAAAGAUUCCAGAAACACGCUUCAAAAUCACAGCGUUUAAAAGUGAAUGAUGGUUUUGUUUCUAUCGCGCUGAUCUCUUAAGCCACUGAGGAACACAUUGAGGGGCGGGUAAAUAAAGGGGAUUGCAGCGCAGGAUAAAAGUGGAUGUGAUUUCAGUUCAGUUGAGUUUCAAGUUUGUGAUGAUUGUUGAUUUGUUCUGUAAUGGGAAUGAGUAGUGUUGUCUGUCUGUCUGUCUGUCUGUCUGCAUGUUAUAUUUGGUAAUGGUAAUAAUAAUGAUGAUAAUGAUGGUGAUGAUAAGAAUAAUGAUAAUGCUAAUAAUAAUAAUAGUAACAACAUCAACAAUAAUAAUAAUGAUAAUAAUAAUAAUAAUAAUAAUAAUAAUAAUAAUAAUAAUAAUAAUAAUAAUAAUAAAUAUAUCAAUAGCAAUAAUAUGAAUAAUUAAUAAAUAAAUAAACAAAUCUACUUUCACCACAUUAACAACAACAACAACAACAACAACAACAACAACAACAACAACAACAACAACUGCUACUACUACUACUACUACUACUACUACUACUACUACUACUACUACUACUACUACUACUACUACACUUAACCACCACUUACCAACACUGCUACAACUAGCAACAACAAAAACAAUAACAACAACAACGAAAACUACCACCACCACCACCACCACUACCACCACUACUACUACUACUACUAGUACUACUACUACUGAUAAUAAUAACAAUAACAAUAACAACCAUAAGCCAAAGGAAUGAGCUGGAAGGCAAAUAAUGUAGGUAUAGAAUAGAUUAGUUCCGAAACCCAUUAAUUGCUUGCCACACCUGCCACCUGUGUGUGUGUGUGUGUGUGUGUGUGUGUGUGUGCGUGUGCUCUGAAACAUGUCUAACCUUCUUUUAACACUUUUCUUAAUACAACCACCACCGUCACCACCACCACCACCACAGCAGGACCAGCAGAUGGCGGCGCGGAAGAAGGCGGAGGCGCAACAGCUGUUGAUUGAGCUGGACAGUGACAGAGACUGGGCCAAUGCCUGCAAGCGGCCGGGACUGCUGGUGGUGGACGUGUACAGUGAUUGGUGCGGCCCCUGCUCCAGCAUGACAGGCCAUCUCAGGAGGAUCAAACUGGAGCUGGGAGACGAAUUCCUGACACUCGCCACGGCAAAUGCGGAUCGCAUUGAACUCCUGGAAAAGUUUAGAGGAAAAGCAGAACCAACAUGGCUGAUCCUGGGGACGGGCAAGGCUAUGGAUGUGAUUCACGGGGCGGACGGUCCUCGCCUACUGAACUCUAUAAGAAGACUCCUGAAGGUGGAGGUGGCUGCCAUCAAGGGGGACGGAGACAGACCCGUGGUGCUGCUGGACUCCCUGGUGAAGCCCGAGGAGGUGAUCGAGCCUGACGAGGACCUGGAUGACGUGGAGGGAGAGCUGCACAACAUAGACGACAGCGAGGAGGCGUCUGAACUGUCUGAGGCGGAGCUGCAGACUGGUGUUCUGUUCAUCCUGCCUCACAUCAUUUCGCACGACCAGGCUGAGACCUUCCUGUCCAACGUGGUGGCGGCAGGUUUUGAAAUCGUGGGCCACAUACAAGAGGAACUAACAAGAGAAGAUCUUCACGCCCUCCUCUUUCCGAAAGAGGAGGAGGGGAAGGAGGAGGAGGGGGAGGAGGAGGAGGAGGGCGAGAAGGAAGAGGAGGGCGAGGAGGACGGGGAGGAAGCGGCGCAGAAGGAAGGCACGGACGAGGAAGGAGCUACUGAGCAGCAGACGGGAGAAGAGGAAGAAGCUGCAGGGGAGGCAGAAGGGGAGGAAGGAGGAGGAGGAGGAGGAGGAGGAGGAGGAGGAGGAGGAGGAGGAGGAGGAGGAGGAGGAGAGGAAGGAGACACGGAGGAGGAUCUUCUACAUUGGGAGGAAGAAUUGGGACACGGGCCUCUCUACGUACUACUACUGAAGGUGGAGGAAGGCAGCGUGGUGACGGCGUGGUAUCAAGUGCUGGGACCCCCUGACCUGGAGAAGGCGAGGGUGGAGGAGCCUGACUCGCUGGUGGCGCAGUUCGGGGAGGAGGGUCACGUGGUGCCCGCCUGGCUGCCGAAGGGGCGGCAGUUGCAAGAGCGUCUGUCCGCCAGGUUUUUCCCUCCUCCUCCAGACGCCUCUGUGCCGCGCCUCCUGCUGCUGCCUGACACGGAUCACCACGAGGUGCUGGAGAAGAUGAGUGUGGCGGGGGUGCGGGUCUUGGCCCAUACGCAGGCUACUCUCUCCCAGGAAAGCCUGCAGUGUGUGCCCAGCCUGGCCGCCUCGCAGACACUCAUGGCCGCGGCAGGGUCUGUGGUGCUGGCCGUGGCGAUAUCAGGCGAAGGGACGGAGGAGUGCGCCGCUGAAUACUCGCCCCUGCACCUCACCACGGACAGCAACAGCGCCAAGGGAGAGGUGGAGCUGUUCUUCCCGGACCUCCUCACGCCGCAGGAGCAGGAGGAGGAGCCGCAGACGCAGAUGCAGAUCGAGCAGAGCAAGGAAGGAGACGCGGCUUGAGUGGCUCUUUACUGCAUGAAAAGUGUGAAUAUAAACAAUUCUGGUGAUUGGCAGGUUUGAAUUUUAUGUAAGGUUGUGAGUGGUGCGUUUGAAUUCAAAGACAGUUGGUGAUUGGUGCAUUUGAAUUAAAAGACAGUUGGUGAUUGGUGCGUUUGCAUUUAGUGGUGAUUUGAUAGGUGCGUUUGAAUUAUUAAGUGAUUGUGAUUGAUGUGUUUAAAUUCAAGGGUUGCGAUUGGUGCGUUUGAAUUUAUGGGUGAUUUGAUUGGUGUGUUUGGAUUUAGAGGUGAUUUAACUGGUUACUGGUGAGUUUAAAUCUGACUAUUCUGAGUGGUGAAUUUGAAUCUAGAAAGAGGCGGUGAUUAGUGCGUUCAAAUUUACAGGUGAUUCGAACGUUCGUCUGAAAAAAAAAAAAAAAAAAAAAAAUAGAAUGAAUAAGAUAAACAAAAUACGAGUAAAUAAAUAGAUAAAUAAAUAGAUAAAUAAAUCGAUAAAUAAGAGUUUCCACCUUAAAUCAAUGAACUAAAAAGGUGUACUAGUGAUAUGUUAGUCUGUAAAUCCAUGUUUUUUUUUUAUUUAUAUUAUUUUCAGACUAUAAUUUUCAUUUCUCUGGCUUAAAGGAGCGUGAGAUGAUAA